AUGCCUUCAACAUCAUGUCACUGGACAGCGUCAACAAUUAUUACCGGAAAUACUCGGCUAAUCAGAAAGUCGGCUCGUUCCACUACGUUCACAAAACUCCCUUUGGCAACUACUCCUUUGUCUGCGCGGAUGCCACUCUGACUCCAGGACCCAAGAGACCAUACAAUUUCUUUGGUAUUCUCAACCAGACUCAGAUGGACCUGCUGGACACGUUCAGAGUUGAGAGUUUGGAAAGCAACCAGUCGAUCUGGUUUGGCCACUACACCACUUCCACUGUCGUCUCUCCGUCUCCAGGAGUGCGGGACAUAAUGAGAUCUGCAGUUGCAUAUCUCUGUGGCCAUCUGCACACGCUGGGCGGCCUGAUGCCUGUGCUCCACAGCCGACACCCUCAAGGCACCCUGGAGCUGGAGCUGGGCGACUGGAUGGACAACCGCAGGUACAGGGUUAUGGCUUUUGACCAUGACCUGCUGAGUUUCUCUGACCUGAAGUUUGAGCAGUGGCCUGCGGUGCUCAUCACCAACCCCAAGGACGCUCAGUACCUUCAUCCAGGAGUGGAGCCGCUGGGUCGGAUACGGAGAUCGACACACAUCAGGAUCUUGGCCUUCUCUGAGGCUUCAAUCACAGCGGUGCAUGUGAGCGUAGAUGGGGAACCUCUGGGGAAAAGCCACUCUGCUGGAGGACCUCUGUAUGUUCUCCUGUGGGAUCCAUCUCUCUACCUCACUGGACUGCACACAAUCAGAGUCAAAGUGGAGGACUCGGCAGGCCGGUCGACAGAGCGGGAGCAGCACUUCACUCUGGAGGAAGACCUGACUCCCAGCUUUGGUUUUGUGCAGUCCUUCAUCCUCCUCACAGACCACUACAUCCUGGCCCGCGUGGCCUUCAUAUUCAUGACGGUGCUGAAUGUCGGUGUGCUGCUGGCCUUUAGGUUCCUGAGCGUUCCUUCUGGCAGAGGUUUGACGUCUCAAGUGUGUAUGUCGCUGCGUCUGGUCAGUAAAAUGGACUCUUUCUACUACUCUCUGCUGCUGUUCAACCUGUGGACAGCCUUAGGUCCGUGGUUCGUAGGAGAAUUGAUAGACGGCCAUAUUGGCGCCUGCUUCGUCUUUGGGGUUUUCAUCGAUGGACACUUCCUGGAGGGCAGUCUCUCUUACGUUGUUGGAGUGGUUCAACUGCUGUUCUUCAACAUGCCCCUCACCUCUUACCUCUGCUGGAGCCUCCACCACCGUUGCCGCGGCAACACCUUCCGAUCUCACUUCCUGCGGCCGGGCUGCCGCUGGCGGAGUCUGGCGGUCCACCUCUUCAUGCUGCUGCUGCUCACCUGGCAGGCCCACUCCUGCUACUUUCUCCUGGAGACCUACGGCUCCAUGGCCUUUUUCUUGUCUCCUGUCCGCACGUGGGCGUUCGGGCUCAGUCUGCUAUUGGUGUACCGCGCCUGGACAAGCCCCGCCCCUUUCACUCGUGACAAUAGCAAGAGCGUCUCUCCCUCUUGACAGUAAUUGCACUGUACCACCACCACCACGAUAUCCAUUGAGCCUGACUCACAGAUAUAUUUUGCAGUCUCUAUCCACCCUGAAAGCCUCAAUUUUCCCCACACGACAGCCUCUUCCUCUCUCCCUCUCUCUCGCAUCACUUCAUCCCUCACUACCCUGUUUCUAGAUAGUAUUUACUUGAUAUGCAUGUAAUCGUAAAGCACCGGUGAGCACAUUUCUGGCCAUAUUCAUAGCAAUGUGUACAGUGUUAAAAAACAGAAACACCUUGGAUACAUUAAGAAUUAAAUAACCUGUUUGAGGACUAUUUCGAUGAAUGUUGCAGUUGAUGGUUAAAGCUGACUCAUUUACUUGAGAUUUAGCACUUUUUGGAAGUGUUGCCUUGGCUGAAUGCCACUUCACCACUGCCAAAGGAUGAAUAAGAAAGAUUUCACCUUUUAUUCUCCCCCCCAAAGCCGCUUUCAUUCGCUAAUGAAGGCUGUAUGUGCCAAACCAAUCCCUGUGUUUACCUCCCGACAAACUAAACAUGUGGAUGAUAAAAGGUGUAUGCCUCAUUUUAUAUACUGUAAGCUUUCCCUAACGUCCCAUGGGCUGAUGGAAAGCGAUAGUUACUUCGGUGGAAAUGACGUACUGUAGAUAAUGCAACCUAGACGAUCAGAUUUUCAAGUUUAUUCUACAUUUAAUAACAGGAAAUCAAAGGAAGGAAAUUAUAAAUGAGUUGAGUACUGUUGCUGAUCUGUGUUCAAGACGUUGUAUGAUUUAAAGUGUUUUUAAACUUAUAUGAAUUCCACUGCACACAACUGCCAAUGUAAAACUUCGUAAUAUUCGCAUUGGAAUAUUCAUAUCCAACACUUCAAUGCCACUUUUCACCACGACACAGACGCCGGCCUGACUCUUCAUGCUCCUUCAAACGUGACUACAGAAAGCAGCUGUUUGUUUCUCAGGAAUGUGAGCACUUGAACAAUAGGCUGGCCCCAGUAGUAUUUCAGGACAAUGUUUUUAUACUCCAUAGUAGCUCAGUGAACUUUAAAAUUAUAUUGAAAAAAAAAUCCAGAUGUGUGGUGGCUAAAAAAAAAUCUAUUCAUUCUGAUUGUAAUGUGUGAUUUCUUUAUUUUAUUUUCUCUCUCAUGUUAUAAAACUGCACUGCAAAUGGGCACGUUUUGUUCAGAAUGUUAAUCCCUUUUUGUGAAGGAGCGAGAGCAUAAACUGAGUUUCUAGCCCGUAGUGGCAGGUGCCUGGAUUCCAC